ACACUCACACGGCUGUGCAGCUUCUGUCAGUGCACUUCAACAGCUUGUGCUCCAAUGUUGGCAGCUGAAGGCUUUUGAGGAUAGUUUCUUUUAUUAUUAUUGAACGAAACUCAAACAUGAAUCAGAAAGAUUCAUGUAGACUAUAACCAAAAGUUGACUGAAACACAAAAGUGUUCUUUUAACUUCUUUUCACAGCAAUGAGGCGAAGUGGAAGUUUUGAAAGAUGACAUUUAGUGAGUCAAAAAAUUAGGAAUUGAAACAUUUUCUUGGAUAGUUUUGAAGACUGAAAGAUUUUUUUGGCCCUGUAAUUAUUAUUUCAAUCAUCUAUAUAAAUUCUACAAAGACAUACAAAUUCAGUGCUUUUACUUUAAAAUAGCAGUUUUUCAUGUUGUGCAUUACUUAGUGAUUGUUUGUUAUUAUGUGUCCUCAGUUUUGUCUGUAAAUUGAAUCAUUCGUUCCAAGUAAUAUUCACUAAACCAGUUCAUUGGCUUCAUUAGUUAAUAUUUCCAAGUAAAAUGUAAUUGAGGGACAUCAGUGAAUCUGCAAUUUACUUGUGUAUUACUAUUUUCAUAAAAAAAUAAGCGGUUCUAUUAAAUAAAUAUUACUUAGAAACAGCCUGAGAAACACUUUAUGUGUGGAAAAACUUGCCUAGUUUUUUUUCAGUGUAUUAAGUUCCCCUGUAGUCAAUAUGAUUUGCUGUUGAAUUGAAUGGAUUUCAUUUAAAUUCAUUAAUUGUAGGAAAAUGAAGAACCCUCAUUCAUUGAAUACUACCUGGAGUAAUUCCAUGAACAAGGACUCGGUACUGAUGUCUGUGCCAGGAACCAACAAGAAGUUCAAGAGGAAAUCUCAGGAGCCUAAACGGCUGAUCAGAGACCCCGAGCCCGAGAGGACGAAGAACGCUUCAGACGUGGACUUGGUGGACGACAUGGACACGGAGGUGUGUAACGUCAGCCGGAGACAGCUGAUGAUGUCCCAGGAGGGGAUGUCCAGCGCCACGGGGACUCUGUCAGGACUAGAAGGCAGCGUGGCCCCGACUCAGAGCGGAGCCAUCGACAUGAGGAUCGGCAUUAACGUACCUGCCAUCACCUUCAAACUGUCCCAGCUGCCGGCCUCCUCCUUCUCCAGCCCUGAGAUCUCCCACUGGCCCACCUCCAUCUCCCAGCCUCUGUCCAACAGGCUCAAACUGGGCCUCCGCUCCACCUUCCCCCAGUCGACACCAACCAGCAGCUCCCAGAGCCUUUCACCACCCAGCCACCAGAGCUUCUCCAUGGAGCUGGAGCCCUCUCUGUCAGGACAGACCACCGCUCUGCCCGUCUCCAGAGCCCAGUGUCACAGCCACGGGGAGCCCCAGGGCCACAUACCCAAGGAAUCUGCCAGAAAGCGGGUCAUGUCCAGUGCUGAUGGAGGCGGGCGGAUCCCAGAGGUGAAAGCCAUCCAGCAGACCAGGAGGCUCCUGGCCAACGCACGAGAGAGGACCCGCGUCCACACCAUCAGCGCUGCGUUCGAGGCCCUCAGGAAGCAGGUGCCGUGUUACUCCUACGGCCAGAAGCUGUCCAAGCUGGCGAUACUCCGUAUAGCCUGUAACUACAUCCUGUCUCUGGCUCAGCUGGCUGAACUGGACUACAGUCCAGAGCACAGCAGUGUGAGCUUCUCUCAGUGUGUGGAGCAGUGCACCAGGACGCUGCAGGCCGAGGGCAGGAGCAAGAAGAGGAAGGAAUGAAGCCGAUAGCAGCUGACUGGCCUGAGAAACACUUGUGAUAAAGCUACGAGGACGCAGAAUAACGGGAGGACAGAUGAAGAGACGAUCAGAAAACAGACGAGGAAGUGAAUGAAUACAACAGUGAACGGGACAAAUUAUACUUUUUUUUGUCAUGACUUUCAUUCAUUAGUAAUUAACAUUAAUGCUUAUCUAAGCUAAGUGAACAACUGACAAAAGACAGAGAUGCAAACUCAUGUUGGGACUAACGUUAGCCCACAGAACGGCAAUAUGCACACAUUCCUUUACAGUGGUCCAAGUCUGUAUUGGAGCCACUGUUGUCUUGUUAAUACCAUGUUAAAAUAUGUAUUUCACUCACUUUUUAGCUGGUAUCAUGUCUCGAGCAUGGAGCUUGUUCUGUUGUUGGUGUGUAAUAGGCUCUGAAACGUUUAAUGAGGAUAAAACAUUUAGUCUCCAUGAAAUGAAAAAUACAUCUUCCCAGUUUUAACAAUUUCCCUGGGUUAAUUGUUCAUUUAUCUUUGAUAUAUGUCAGUUACAGGGUCAUUUUGACAUUAAAAACCCUGUUUUUUCACUUCCUGUACAACAGUUUCAAACGUUUGAAACAAAAAUAAGACUUUAUGGGACUUUAUGGGACUAGUGGUGAUGUGAAACCGCUUGGUCAAAACUAGUGAUAUGCCAAUGAAGC